GACUGCUUCGACUGCUUCGACUGCCUUGACUGCCUCGACUGCUUCGACUGCCUCCACCGCCUCCACUACCUCCAUCACCCUUAUGCCGCUCCCUUAGCCGUGCGCUGUGGUAGCCGUCCGUUUUGUAUAUAAUCAUCCCCCCCCCCCCCCAGCGACGCGUGCUUCCCGGCCUGGCCUGCCCCCGUCCGUGGUCCUCGACGCGCCGAGUUGAAGUUGAAUGCACGCUCGACGCAUCUCGGAGUCCUCGCUCGCCCUGCCCUCGUCCCCGCCCGCCCUGCCCUCGUCUCCGCCCACCGCCGCCCAGCACCUCGGCCGUCUUGGUGACGCUGAAGCACUCGACUUGUCCGAAGAGCGCAGCGUUGCCUCGCCCACCCAGACGCUGUGGACCGCCCUGUCCCCGACGCUCACGCUUGCCAACUCCAGCCCUGAGCUGCCCACGCUCCCUACUUUGUCCGCCCUCGGCCGCAGACCGCGCACCCCCUCGACCGUCGCCCGCAACGAUCGCCCCGACGACACUUCCUUCUACACGGCCAGCUGGGGCAGUCCUUACCGCCACCCGCCCCCCGUCUUCAACCCCCACCGCCACGUCUCGACCAACUUCGGCAGCGACGAUCUCGACGACGCUUCUUCUGCCCUCUACUUUGGUCUUGGGCAUCUGCUGCCGCCCCGGCUCGAAGUAGACGACGACGCGCCCGGCCGCUUCAACCUCGACCAUCUCAUCCCCCGCCUCGACCCAGACGGCUCGCCCAACCAGUUCACGCUCGAGAACCUCAUCCAGUCUCGCCUGCCUCGCUCGAUAACGCCGAUCAGGGAAUCCCAAUCCUCGGGCUUCACACCGCGCGCCUCUGACAAGAACCCUACCUCGGAAGAGUGGGUCCGUUCGUUUUUGGAAGAGCGUUGGAACCGCGAGAAGAACAGGUGGAAGAGCGACAUCAGCUUCGACGUCGACUCCAACUCGGAUUCGGACCAGGACCAGGACCAGGACCAGGAUUUCUUCCUCCAAGGGCCACCGAAAAGAGGCCACAAGACGAGGACCAACAACAAGACGCUGAACCAGCAGGAUUUCUGGCGCCAUAUCAGCAAGGAUCAGAAAGAAGCACUUGGGAAGAUGAUGGCCUCAAAGUACGCUGGGGCCGAGCCCGCCUCGCACCCGAAAGAGACCUCAGCCUCCGGCUCUGCAGCUCCACAAUUCCCUCCUCGUACCUCGAGUGCACGCAACCUAUUUGCAUCGCCAAUCUUGCCUCAAAAUGCCUCGCCCUCGCCUUCACCGAAGCCAGUGGAGCAAACGCCCAACAAGCCUCCUACGCCAGUGGAGCCCACAAGAACCCCCGCUCCGCGCACUCGCAGGAAGAUCAUGGUCAAGGGCAAAGGCUGCGUUAUUUCGAUACCCCACGACAUUCCGAGAGGGACACACGGCUACCCACCAAAGCCCAUGAGCCCUGGAGCAGUCGAGGCGAAGAUGCAGCACCUGCAACGUCUGGGCUACAACACAAGUGGCUUUGGCAACUGGAAUGGCGUGGGUGUUGGGGAUCAACAGGCGCACAACCGAGCUAUAUGGCCAACAGAAGAUGAUGUGCGGGCAGAGCGGGCUAGCACUGGAUCGAAUUACAAAGUUUUCGUGCCAAAGAAGAGCCAGUGGGACAAUUACGUGAACUCACUCGUAGAGGCAAAACUUGCAGCUCUGGGCGUGAGUCUAGGUGGAGAAGAUGAAGCGCCGCCGCCAAUGUCGCGCCAGCUAUCUGGACAGUAUCCGGGCCUGCCCUUCUCGCCACCACUACCAACACCCUCUGGAGGCAGUCAUCGUGGCAGGCAAGGAAGUGUCAUAUCUGGACCUUUCCCAUUUGGACCAUCGCCUGGUCACAUGUCUCGUCAGUCAAUCGCCUCCCCCGGUUCCUUCGCAAAUGUUAGACCGAGCAUGCACAUGCACCGUCACUCGACUUUUGCAGGCCCUGGAAGCUUUUCUCACCAUGGCAUGUCUCCCUCUGGUACAUGGUCUCCCGGUGGCUACUUUGGGUCUCAAGAUGGGCGUGGUGGCUCACCUGCCCUGCCUGCUCUGCCAUUGAGCAGGCCUGAUCUGGCCGGCAUUGUCUCGCCACACUCUCCGUUCGGCAGGAGAGCGAGCCAGCAGUUCCCACCUUCUCCGUUGGCGCAGGACGAUCUUAUGGUUCAAAUGCAGAUACAGCAGCAACAAAUGCAGGCGCAUAUGUUCCAACAACAACAGCAGCAGCAGCAGCAGCAGCAGCAGCUCAUGGGCCUACGACCAUCGUCUACGCUUGCAGAAGUUCCUGAAGACGAGUCGGAGGAAGAGUCUUUGCCUCCUCUGAAGAACCUCACCAAGUCCGUACCAGAGAUUGCUCACCCCACUCCUCGCAACCAUCGUCACAACCUGAGUGAAAACAUGGAGCGUGAAGCCGCUGAGGCUGAGUACCAUCUGGAGGAAGUAAUUGACAAGCAGUUUGCGGAAGGGGGUGACUUUAACACGGAACCCGAGAUUACUGCUCAGCGCAACAAUGUCACUAACUCUGCGUGGGAAAACACUCGCCCUGUCCUGCACCAGCCUCAGCCACACAACAGAGCACACUCGCUCACAAAGUCUCAGCAACAGAUACCUUUUGCGUUCCCUGCGCAGCAGUCGCAAAACCCUCGCGAUGACAGCAACGGAGCCAGGACCAACAUGUCAGAAAACACGAACCCCAGUUUGGAGGAAGGAGAAAUCCGCUCGAACCAGCACUCACAGGCACCCUCGCAAGUCAGCAACCCAUGGAAAGACUCAAGGUUUGCAUACAACAAGACUGCUUCAGCAACACAUAGCAAACAUGCUUCCAACUCGUCACUUUCGAAGCUCAACGUCGAGGCGAAGGAGUUCAAGUUCAAUCCUGCUGCUUCGUUCAGUCCCGGAACAACAGCCAACAGCCAACCUAGCAUCGAUGGAUUGUCGAGCUUCAAUGUUACAGCUCCUGCGUUCAAGCCAGAUGCUGCAUCGUUCAAGCCCACUGCCCCCGCAUUUAAGCCCGUAGUGGAAGCUGCUGUGGGUAAACCUGCUGCUCCAAACGGUCCCGCGUUUCCUUCUAGUGGUUUCAACUUUCCCAGUCCGCCUGCAUUCAAGCCUGAUGCUCCAGCUUCAAACCCUGGUGACGUCUCCACCUUCAAUCCGCAGAAGCCAGUACCUGCGCCAACAAGCUUCUCUUCGAAGAUCUUUGGUGAUGUCAACAUUUCAGCCAGCGAUAUUGUUAAACCAGCAACCCGAUCCAAGGCUGUCGCUAUUGUACGUCCAGACACGGCCCGCGAAUCAUCGCCAGAGACGGUCAAGGAGACGGAGGAUCGCGAGGACGAAGAGGGGCGUCCUAUGCAGUCUGAAGCCCGUGAGAAGCGUGCCCGCCACGUUCGUGCUGACGGAGACGAGGUGCCGAAAUUUGCUCUCCAGCCUGUCCUUGCCUCGCAACCGCUGGCAGAGCCGGGGCCCAUGUUCGAUGAGAAAGCAGAUCUGCAAGAGGAACCCACGGAGAACAAGGAGAACUGCUCGCCUGACGGUAUAAAUGCCAAGACAAAGUCGAGGAGUCCAGAGCGGGUUGAGCCUCCUGUUGAAGAAAAGCGGCCAAUGGAGCAAGCCAAGGCUGCGCCUGUUGUUGUGCCCAAGGCUACGGCCGAACCUGUCGCGGACCCAGCUAAGAAGCACGCACACAAGAAAAGCUCGCUGUCUGCUUCGGCCAAACCCUUUGAAUUCAAGCCCCAGCAUGGCAGCGCUGGCUAUGACUUUGGUUUCCAUGUCACCAAGCCUUCCAGGGCUGACGAUUUUGACGACAAGCCCCAGACUUCGCCACCAAGGCAUGCCAGCAGGAGUCCAGCAACGACUUUCCGACCCAGCGACGAUGGCUCGUUCAAAACAGCACUUGGCCGCGCGUACCCUGAGAGCGAAAGCGUCGAUUUUGAUCCUUCGUUCAACGAUAUUGAUGCUGUCAUGAAGCAGAUGGAUGAAGGUGGCUCAGACUUUGGUGUCGAGCGUGACGACAACUCAUGGGAUCAAUCCUCUCCUCAACAAACACCGCACGAGUUUGAUCGCUUCAACCUACGACCUAAGGUCAACCUGCGUAGCGAUGCACCCAGUCCUAGCCCUCGCAGAAUUUAUGGCAACAUGCAAGGGUCUGCGACAUCGCUGCAGAACCCCUUCGACGACGAGCGUGCUGCUCUUAUAUCUACAUCGCCAGUGCACCGCCUGAAUCAUGCUGAAGACCUGCCCGUAAGCGACUGGGACGAUAUUCUCACGGAAGGCGAAGAACAGGUCAAGAUGCGCAGCUCUUUCUUCGACAAGCGUGUUGACGAUAUGAUGGGCCGUCUCCUGCAGAACCGCCUUGGUCCGCUAGAGCAGACCCUGCAGGGCGUGCAAAAUGCGCUCACGAUGAUGUCGCAACGCCCAUCACGUGGCCGUCGCAGCAUGUCCACUGCCGGACUGGACAGUGAUGCAGACGAUGAAGACGACGACAUCGGCACGGACGCGCAUUACCGCAAUCGGUCUCCCAGGAAAGAUAGGAGGCUGGAGAAAAUACGUUCUGUUGUUCGCGACGUGCUGGAGUCGCACCAGGCACAGACCGCUUCCAUGCCCGCAGCUGCACCCGAGCCACUGGGACCUGAGAAGAUCCGCGACAUCCUUGCUGACGUUCUUGUGUCACACCAACCACCCGUUGUUCCUGUCGAGCAUGUCUCUACUGAGCAGAUCCGCGCCAUCGUCGAGGAGGCGAUCGCCUCUAACAAGCCUUCAGUGCCAGAGACGGUUGUGGAGCCCAUCAAGCCGGAAGACAUCAAAUCCAUGCUCACUGAAACAUUCGCGCUCUACGGCCCUCAGCCGACUGAACCUAUCAGACCAGAUGACGUUCGAUCAAUCGUGAUGGAAGCAUUCGCAACGCACGCUCCCCCACCAGCACCUGUUGCAGAGCCUCUCUCUCCGGACGCUAUCCGCUCCAUCAUCGCAGAGACUCUUUCAUCGCACCAGGUCCCAGGCCCUGUCCCAUCUAUUGUCGAACCUAUGCAGCCUGAUACGAUUCGUUCUAUCGUUGCUGAGGCUCUGGCCUCUCAAAAGUCAAGUGCGCUGGAGGCGCCGAUCGACAUUCCUCAGCCUCAAUUCGACAUCUCUGAGAUGUACCAGGUUAUUGGUAGUCUGAAGGCAUCCAUUGCCCAGACUACAAGCAACCACCUGCAGGCUGACGAUGUCCGCGAGCUAGUCGACGAUGCUUUCAAGCGCCAAAGCAUGGAGGUCGCCAAACGUGAGGAGUCAGAAGCUAUCCUCAAGCGAGAUGCGCGUAUUGCUGAGCUUGAGAGCAUGGUGGAGGACAGCACCCUUCGCCACGAGGCUGAGGAAGAGGCACGCAAGGCUCUCGAAGUUCGCGAGUCCGACACGGCACGCCUGCUCAGAGUCACCGAGGAGGAGCUUACGCUGCUCCAAGCGGCUGCCAAGGAUGACGAGAGCAGGAUCCGUGCCUUGACCGAAGAACGCGACGUCACACGCCGCAGCCUGAACGCUUAUCAGACUGACGGCGACGAUGUCCGUGACAGGCUCGCAAGUGUUGAGGCCGAGAACGAAGAGCUCAAGAUGAAGAACAUUGCCCUGGAGACCUCCGAGGAAGACUUGAAGCAGAAGUUCGAUACUAUCACUGCUGAGAAUGAGGCACUCACAUUCACCCUGGAAGAGCACCGCAAGUCUGCCAACAAAUGGCGCGGCGACAUCCAAGAAGCCCACCAGGAGAACGAGAAGUUACGAGCAGCUAUCGAUCAAGCUCGUUAUCAGGCCGAAGAAGCGGCUCGUGUUCGGGAGUCAAUGCGUGGCAAGUUUGAGAAGCUGCAGCAGGACAUGGUCCUUGCAUCCCAGCAAAUCGCUACCGAGCGCUCUCAGUGGCAGAAGAACGAACAGGCAUCUCUCGAGAAGUACGAGGUUCUCAGUGCACGCAUUGAAGCCGAGGGUCGAACACGCGAACGUCUCGAGCGAGAGCUGGAGAGGCUUGAGAUGCAAGAGGGCGAAGGCAUGAAAUUGAGGAUUCAUUUUGAGCAGUCCCAGAAGCACAACGCCAGGCUCGAGGAAACAGUUGAGCAGCUGAGGAGGGAGUCGAUGGAGUAUCAGAAUAACGCUGCCCGGUACGAGCGAGACGUGCGAGAGGCCAGGGAAGCUGCCCACAUUGAAAUCCGACGUACGCGUGUGCUCAUGGAAGCUGACCUCGACGCCGCCAACAACCAGGUCAAUGUUGUCCGCCACAACCUGGAAAGCGAAGUUACUCGUGUCCGUGCUGAGCUCGAUAGUGUGCGCAUGGAAGCCGAGACUGCUAGGGAGAAGCAUGAACUUGAACUAGAGGCAGCUUCCGAUGCUACAAAACAGGCAGUUGAAGAGGCCCUUCAGAAGAACAAGCGAGCUCUUCACGAACAACAGCAGGCUUUUGAGCGCGGCUUUGAACGUCUCAACCAGGAGCACAUUCGCGCUCUCGAGUUCUCUCGAGAGGACAAGCAGCGUGCUGAUGCCUUCCAUAACGAUAAGCUUGCAUUGGCAGAUGCCAAACUCGAUCAUUUCAAAGACAAAAUUUCACUGCUUGAGGAGAAGCUCGUUGUUGCCAAGGAAGCUGCCAGUGCCGCUGCUGCCGCUGCUGCAAAGUCUCCUACAGCUACCGGUCCGUCCACUCUUGGCAGCCACGAGAAGAUAUCUCCUCAAGCAUUGCGUGAGUCAAUCUCCGUCCUGCAAGAACAGCUCCAGGAGCGCGAGUUACGCAUAGAAUCUCUCGACCAGAAGCUAUCGGAAGUUGACACCGAAGCUCCUGCUAAGUUGAAGGAGCGUGAUACCGAGAUUACUUGGCUCCGCGAGCUAUUGGGUGUACGUGUCGACGACAUCAACGAUCUCAUCAACGCCCUCGCACAGCCAACCUUCGAUCGCGAGAGUGUCCGUGACGCGGCAAUCCGCAUCCGUACCAACCUGCAGAUGGAGCAAUCAGAGAAAGAGCGUCUCAUCUCUGGCGGUCAAAGUACUUUCCCGACGCUUGCCACUCUCUCCAAUUUUGCUUCGCCCAAAGCUGUUCAAGUCGCUGCCGCCUUUGGGAACUGGCGCAAAGGCCGUCAGAACGCCACUUCCGCUCUCGCAGGCCCGUCCGCCAGCACUUCACGCAACCAAACCCCCUCUCGCCCUGCUACGCACUCCGCUCAGUCUUUCCUCUCUGGCCUCAUGACACCCCCUACAUCCAACAUGCGUCGCACGCCAGACUUGUCAAACUCUUCGAAGCCCAAGGAUAUGCGCUCAAGCUCAAUCAGCUCGCGCAGCUCAGCUUCAACCGAGCAGGGUUUCCCUGCACUCGGCAAGCAGUCUGCUGCGCCCCGCACGCCGCCACUGCUCAGAAAGACCAGUUACGACCGCGAUGCCGAGGUUGAGCAGUUCAGUGACGGUGGAUUCGACGACGAAAGCACAGUCGAUGGCGAUGCUGGAGACGUGACACCCAUUGCAUUGAACUUUGGGCAAGAGUUGAGAAUGCGCCGAGAGCGUGAGUGA